UAAAAGCUGUCAUGUGGCCAUGGUCGACAUGUUUACAUGUACACGACUCAACAGAUAUUCAGCACGUAAGUCUGUGACGGGCGUAAUAACUAUGUGUUAUCUCUGUGUGUUAUCUUGACCUCACAAACGAGAUUUCUAGACCAUAGACCGACCCUGCUUAAACACAGAACAAUCAAGCGAGUUAGGGCAUUUACAACCGGACAGUUUUGUUAUGUCAACAACCUAGUGUCAUAGCUGUUAUAGCUGGUGUCUAUAAAAACAUUCCAUUUACAUCUGUACCCGAGUCGCUACAGAUUUGGGUCAUCAUGGCCCCUCAACAGGUAUGCGUGGUCGGGGCGGGUGUCAGUGGACUUUCUACAGCCGUGAGUAUACAGCAGGAACUGUCUUCAAAAGUGGUUGUUUCCAUAGUAGCGGACAAAUUCAGUCCGGAAACAACAUCUGAUGGAUCAGGAGGUUUCUGGGGUCCACAUCUUGUAAACCCGGACCAGGCUGAUGAUAUCAAUAAAUGGGGAAACGAAACGUUCGACUACAUUUUCGACCUAUUUCGUUCUGAACAUGGCGGUGAUGUUGGAGCUCAGCUAAUAUCUGGAUAUUGUUUUUCCAACAGUGCUAUACCCUUCGUCGACAAAUGCAUUGGCGUGCGUAAUCUAACAAAGGAGGAAUCAAACAUCCAUCCGGACACUAAGAAUGGACAAACCCUUACCACAGUUAUGAUCGACGUCAAAGCCUACCUGCCAUGGCUUAUGAAAAAAUUUCAGGCAAACGGUGGAAUAGUACUCAAACGAAAGAUAUCGUCCCUGGAUGAGCUAUCUCCUUACUAUGAUGUAAUUGUCAACUGCACUGGCCUUGGAGCACAUUAUCUGCUGGAUGACCACGACCUCCGUCCAGUGAGAGGUCAAGUUUUCAGGGUGCGUGCUCCAUGGAUAAAACACUUUUACGUAGAUAUUGACGAGUCUAAUCCAGAAAACGAGAUUUACAUACUACCGGGUGCACGUGAGGUGGUCUUAGGCGGUACAAGCCAAGUAGGAGACUGGAACACACAAGUGGACAGUGCUGAUCGUGAUCUGAUAUGGAAUGGUUGUUGUAAACUUCUACCCAGCUUGAAGAAAGCCGAGGUUCUUGAAGAAUGGGUUGGUUUGCGGCCACAGAGGACCAGAAUAAGAGUGGAACUGGAUAGGAAACAUACCGGUAGAGAGGGAAAUGCUGCAAUCGUCCACAACUAUGGUCACGGUGGAUCGGGCGUCACACUUCACUGGGGUUGUGCGCAGGAAGCUACACGAUUGGUGGUACGCGCGCUGAAGAAUGCUAUCCCGAAGUCAAAUUUAUAGAAAUGUUAACCGUUAUGAAUAGGAUAACGGUUUGUAGAUACUGCAGAAUAAGCUACUUGAAUAAUUUUUUGAGAUGAGGGUAGUUGUAAAUGAAAAAAAAAAGUGCUGCUUUGUUAUGGCUCCAUUACUCUAAUGGGUAAGAGAUGUGUUACUGUAUUGAAGAUCAUUAUUAACAAAGUGAGUAAACAGACAUCUACCUACCUGUAAAA